CUGUACACAAAGUGAGCGACAACUGGUGUGGCAGGACAUAUGACAGCAGCAGGGUUAACAUGAUCAGGCUGCCUGACAGCGUGGAAACGACGCAAUAUUAACACUUCUGGCUAUACGAAUGGAGGGGGGGGGAGGUUUGAAAGCUGGUUUGUACCGGAGGCAGACAGAGCAUUUGCACAAGUUUAGGAACAGAGAGGGACAGAGCUCAGUCUUGUGUGCAUGCACAUAGUCUCUAUCUGGGUCUCCAUACAAGAUCUGGGAGGAACAGAGGCUGCAAAGCUGCUGCAUCGAUCUACGCAGCAAAAGACUCCCAGCAACGUAUCCAGUUUUGUCGGCCUUUUUAAAGCUUUUUAAAGUAAUUUUUUAGAUGCUGGAAAGAGAUAAGACAAACUGAGCAAGGAUCAUCCGGCUGAACUGAAAAUGACUGCUGAAGCAGCUAAAGAACUCGAUGAGUUAUGUUUCCUGUCAGCGCAGUCCAUUACCAGCCUGAAAGUAUCGGAACACUUUCAGGUGAUAAAGCGCCUAGGAGAGGGGUCCUAUGGAAAGGUUAUGCUGGCUGUACACAAGAAAAGAGGAACUCCGAUGGCUCUGAAGUUCUUUCCGCGGAAGUCUACCUCCCUGGUCUCGUUCCUGCGUGAAUACAACCUCUCCCUUUUAUACUGCACCCAUCCUUCUCUGACCCGGGCCCUUGGCAUCUUCUUCUGCACGCCGUCCUACUAUGUCUUUGCUCAGCAACCCGGUCUCUAUGGGGACCUCUACAGUGUUAUUGUGUCAGAGGUUGGGCUGGAUGAAGAUCGUGUGCAAAGUGUCAUGUCUCAGUUGAGUGGUGCUGUCACCCACCUCCACUCUCUGGGCUUUGUCCAUCGGGACAUCAAGCCUGAGAACGUCUUCCUGUGUGACAGAUCAUGCAGCUGGGUCAAACUGGGAGACUUUGGCCUCACCCGGGCGAUCGGCACCACUGUUCGGGCUGUGUGGUACGAGUCGCCUUUCUGCACUCCUGAAGUGGAAGCUGCUAAAGAGGCAGAAAUAGAGAUGGAGAAAAAGCAACAUGAGGGGCUUGAAGACAUUGUGGAGGAUAUCUGGAUGACGGUGGAGCCCUGCAUUGACAGCUGGUCCCUUGGUGUACUUAUCUACUGCCUACUAACUGGCUGCUUUCCUUGGGAAGAGAGCACUCAUGACGACUGCGGCUACAGGAAAUACAGAGAGUGGUUUGAUCGGGAGGUGGAAAAAGAGAACGGAUUGAGCGAUUUGCAGUGUAAAGAGGACAAAGGCUAUAAAGCCAUUGAGCAACAAGAAAGGGAAAACUCUCCUCCCUCUCAGUUUGAUGGCCUCACUCCGCUUGUGAUGACUCUUUUAAAGGAGCUUCUUCACCCUGAUCCCAAGCAAAGAGGAAGCCCAGAGGAGAUCCUGAGUUACCUGGGAGAACCGUGGCUCAAGGAGACAGCCAGGGAGGAGAAGAGGAGGGCGGAGGAGGCUGAGAAGGAAGCAAGAAAAAUAAGAGAAAGAGGGGAGUUAGAAGAAGAGCUGCUUAGGGGAGGAAAAGGGGAGAGAUAAAUGUGUUUGUAAAAUUUAAUAUAUUUACACUGUGGUGCAACAUGAUUAUGGAUAUUACAGCCUAAGUGCAUUGGGUGCUGCAUUUUUCUCUUUUGUAAAUAUCAGUAAUCAAGUUUUCACUUUUAUAUUUUUUAAUAUUUCUGUGUGUUUUAGAAUCAAUAUCAAAGAAGGAGUUUGAUUUUGUAAAUGAGCUGAAUGUUAUUUUCAGAAAAAAAUGUAAAUUAAAAUUGUUUCCAGCCAAAAAGUCAUUUUUUCUGUUCAUACAGAUUGACUUUAUUUUUUUUUGACAGCAUUGACCUGGCAUGGAUUCAAGCUAUUUGAGAAAAACAAUAGAAAUAAUCAGUAAAAACCAGGAACAAUUUCAUAGAAAGUUGUGAGUGUGCAGUAACAAGCUGCAGGGCAAUGGCUUCCUACAUAAAACAUACUGGUAUUUACAGUGUUAAAGUUUAAAAUACUUUUAAAGUCUUUUAACCUUUUAGUCUGUACAGUCUGUUUUUUAAGAGUAAAUGACGAUUAACACCAAUCAGUUGCAAUGUAGAAUUCCUUGACUUGUCUAUGCCAAGGACAUGUCAACAUUUGAUGCCAAGGCUACCGAUCAAACUACCAACCUUUUGGCAGACAGCUGAUCCACCUAAUGGACUCCAUGGAGAUCUCUGUUGCUACUGUUCUGAGAAAUUCAGACUGGCUUCUGUACACAAAUUGGCUCCCAAAUGAACCCCAAAAUGUUCAUUGUUAAAUAAAUAUAAAUCAAAAUUUAUUUAAUCAGAGGAUCGACCAAUAAAAAUCUUUUAAAUAUUUAAAAAGAUCAUGAAAUUGUGAAACCAGCACACAAAUUUUGAGUUGACCACAUUAUUGUCAUAUAUAUUUCAUUUUCGCUUUAAAAAACAUGCAUUUUAUGUUAUAACACAAUUGUAUUGUAAUAAAUAUUGAUUAUAAUAAAUAUUUUUAAUCAUGUUAUACAUUAAUAUAAUUCUAUGGCUUUUUUAAGAAACUCUGUUUUCAAAAUCAGUGUUUUCCAAAGUAGCUUUUUCUUUAUUUCACAUGAGUCUGUCAAUCAAUCAUUGAGAGUGGGUGGAAUCUGAAUGGUCAUUGGCUGAUCCUUUGUAAAUUGACUCGUGUUCCUGAACACCUGCUCUGUUGUGUGCCGUUGCCAUAGCUAGAAAGUAACGUAAAAUCACCAGAUGAUGUAUUCGGUGACAUUCAUACGACUUUGCUGACCUUAGUGAUCAAACAGACUGACAAUCUGUCAGCGGAUGUAAUUUUGAGUCGUUUGGAUGAAGAAAUGCUCGGCUUGAUAUUUGCUGCAGAAGAUGCUAGAAUCCUCUGCAGCUAGAAUCCUCUGUCUUUUCUAGUUGAAAAGCAAUUGAGCACUGGGUUGUUUUUUUUUAACAGUUAUUCAACAAAUUGAAAAAAUAAAUACUCAGAAAUGCAAUUUUGACCUUAAUCUUCCAAAUAUAUCUCCUCCAUUAUUAGAAAAAUGCCACUAGAACAUGUUCAAACACCAGAAACACACUUUUUAUUGGACUGGGUCUUUAAACACACAGCUGACAUUUCGUCCAGCGUUUCCUGUGUGGAGAUCAGCUUUACAAAAAAAGGUCAAAGACCAAGACCUUCUCCAGAGCGAUGGCUUGAUGGUCAGCCAGCAAAUGAUCAUGACAAUCUCCCAGUGAGGCACUCUGUUGCUUGUGGCUUUUCUUUUUAUGCAAUGUUGCUAAGAUGAGAGCACCAUUUUUCUGUCUAGGAUAUUGAUAAGACUGUAACCGCUACCCCUCUUUGAUGUAAAGAUAAAUUACAUUUUGAAACGUAUAUAUGCUUUCAGCCAACACUGCAAGAGAUUAGUCAUCUUGCAAUUAUCUUCCAAAGAUGCAAACAAAUAAAAUCUGAUUUGAAACCAA